AUGAAGAACGACGAAGCAGUCAAAAUCUAUGAAGAUAACCAAGAUUUAAUUGCGUUGGCCAAGAAACCCGAGUUCCAUAAAAGAACGAAGCAUAUCGACAUCCGGUAUCACUUCGUGCGCGAGAAGGUUGCAUACGGCCAAGUGUUGCUACAGAAUCGCGCUACGAAGAACAUUAUAGCAGACCUCAUGAUGAAGCCGAUCCCCGCUGCGCAGUUCGUAUAUCUUCGGGGCAUGCUGGGGAUCAAGACGCCACGGUCUGCCGAGGCGAGUGGGAGUGCUGUAUAUAAUACGGCUGGGCAUGACGUGUUAACAAAUUGUUCUGUAGCUCAGCCGGUUUAA